AUGGAUAAAUAUCAGAUGGUUAAACUUAUUGGUGAAGGUACAUAUGGUGUUGUAUCUUUGGGCAUAGAGAAAUCAACUGGAAGAGAGGUAGCUAUAAAGAAAAUCAGAAAGAUACUCAUCAAUAAAGGUGUAGAUGAUGGUGUCAGUUUCUCUGCUAUUCGUGAAAUAAAGAUGUUACAGGAAUUGAAACAUGUCAAUGUUGUAGAGUUAUUAGAUGUAUUUGCACAUAAAAGUAAUGUAUAUUUAGUUUUUGAAUUGAUGGCAUGGGAUCUACAACAAGUCAUCGAAGAUAGAUCGAUCAUUUUGAAACCAUCCGAUAUAAAGAGUUAUAUGAAGAUGUUAUUACAAGGUAUUGAAGCAUGUCAUAACAAUUGGAUAUUACAUAGAGAUCUUAAACCAAACAAUUUGUUGUGUUCGGCCGAUGGUGAUAUGAAAUUGGCAGAUUUUGGUUUGGCAAGACAAUAUGGUAGUCCGCAUAAAGUAUACUCACCGCAAGCCGUCACUAUCUUUUAUCGUGCGCCAGAGUUGUUGUUUGGUGCCAAGUCGUACGGACCAUCGGUCGAUAUGUGGUCGAUUGGCUGUAUCUUUGCAGAGCUGAUGUUGCGUACACCCUACUUGCCGGGCACAUCAGAGAUCGAUCAACUAACAAAGAUAUUCAGUGCACUCGGUACUCCGAAUGAAACUGUGUGGCCCGGUGUCACUUCGCUGCCAAACUACAUUCAAUUCACCGAUUUCCCGGCGACACCAUUCGCGCAGUUGUUCAGUGCGGCAUCGCCAGACGCCAUUGACCUCCUCCAAAAGAUGCUCACCUACAAUCCAGCUGCACGAUGCUCGGCAACCGAAGCACUGGCACACCCUUACUUUAGCAACUCACCAAAGCCAUCGGCACCCAAAGAUCUACCGAAACCGAGCAAACCAUCAACAACCAUCGAUAUGAAUCCACAGAUCAAUAACAACAACAACAAUAAUAAUACUAGCAACAACACCAAUCUCAAUCAACUGUUCAAUUCACAAUCAACCAAAUACUAA